AUGAGCCCGGAGUGCUGGCAAUACGUCAAGUCGGAGGACAACCCGGCCGAUUGCGCGAGCAGAGGAAUCACAGCUUCUCAAUUACUAGAACACCGUUUGUGGUGGACAGGCCCAUCAUGGUUGCCUUCCUACAACAUUGACAAUCAAAGCGCACCUGAAAAAUAUCAAACUAACGAAGAAGAAAAGAACACAAAUCAAGUAAAUGUUGUUACUCAACAAGAUAGUGAUAACAACAUUAUCAAGCAACUUAUCAACAAACAUAGCAGCUGGAGAAAAAUUAUAAGAAUCCUAGCUUGGGUGCGUCGAUUUAUCAGCAACAAGCACGAGCGAGAAAGCAAAGCAUACCUAACAGUGCAAGAAAAAGAAAAAGCAAAGCAAAGCAUUAUAAAGCAAAUACAGACAGAAGCAUUCACAGCAGAAAUAAGCAAUCUAAGAGAAGGAAGCAAAUUGGACUCAAAAAGCAAGAUUUUGAGUUUAAAUCCUUUCAUGGACAAGCAAGGAGUCCUUCGCGUAGGUGGAAGGUUACGAAACGCACACAUUAGCGAGGAUAUGAAAUAUCCCACAAUAAUACCCCACGACAGUCGUCUAACAGAACUUUUAAUCAAUGAAGCACAUAAAGUUACGUUACAUGGCGGUGUGCGACUGACAUUAGCACAUCUCAGGCGUAAAUACUGGAUCAUCGGGGGUAAUCGAGCGGUCAAAAAACGUCUGCAUACGUGUCUCACCUGUAAGAAAAAUAAACCAACAAAACAAGAUAAAAUCAUGGGAGACUUACCUGCUGCACGAACAACAGUGUCCCGUCUAUUUUAUCACACCGGCGUCGAUUUCACGGGCCACGUAGACGUGAAAACAAACAAAGGACGUGGCGUGAAAACAACAAAAGGUUACAUCGCAGUUUUUAUAUGCAUGGUAACCAAAGCAGUCCACCUCGAGCUCGUAUCAGACAUGAGUUCAUCAGCAUUUCUCGCAGCAUUAAGGCGAUUCGCUUCAAGACGAGGAACGCGGCGGCAUAUACAUAGCGACAACGGCACGAACUUCUUAGGAGCAAACAAUACUCUGCAAAAAGAAUUCGUCGAUCUGAAGCAAGUAAUAGACCCCGAAUUCCUCAACGAAGUGUCCGACAUGGCAAUCGAAUGGCAUUUCCAGGCUCCAUCGUGGCCCAGCGCGGGAGGGCUCUGGGAAGCAGCCGUCAAAAGCGUUAAAUAUCAUCUACGCAGAGUAUUAGGAGAGCAAAAAUUAACAUACGAGGAGUUCGUGACGCUUUUGUCACAAAUUGAAGCGUGUCUGAAUUCACGCCCCUUAUGCGCUAUAUCAGAAGAUCCAGAUGAUUUGGACUAUUUAACACCAUCGCAUUUCUUAUCAAGCGGACCCCUACUUACUUAUUGA